AUGCGCGUGUCGGAGCUGGCGCUGUGCGUGAGUGUGCUCGUGGCUGUGGGGCUGCUGGUGCUCGGUGAACCGGAGCCUGUCCCGGAGGAGGCGGACCGGCCGUGCUCUAGCUGCGAGGCCCGGCAGCACAUCCGCACUCUGCGGCUGAACGCGAUCAAGACGCAGAUCCUGAGCAAACUGCGCAUGAAGCACGCGCCAAAUAUCAGCCGUGACGCGGUGCGCGCACUGAUGCCACGAGCGCCGCCGCUGCAGCAGCUGCUGGACCAGUACGACGUGCUCGGGGAUGACAACCGGGACCCGGGGCUGCACGAGGACGACGAGCACGCGACCACCGACACCAUCAUGUUCAUGGCCACGGAGCCGGACCAGCGGGUGCAGGUGGAGGGCCGGCCGCAGUGCUGUCUCUUCUCCUUCGGGCAGAGGCUUCACUCCAGCCGCGUGCAGCGCGCUCAGCUGUGGGUUCACCUGCGCCAGUCCCCGGAGCCCACCACGGUGUUUCUGCAGAUCUCGCGCCUGGCUCCGGGACAUGCGGGCGGGAGACACAUCCGGAUCCGCUCUCUGAAGAUCGACGUGUCGGCGGGCGUGAGCUCGUGGCAGAGCAUCGACGUGAAGCAGGUGCUGAGCGUGUGGCUGCGGCAGCCCGAAACCAACUGGGGCAUCGAGGUGCGCGCCCUCGACUCCAGAGGCCGCGACCUGGCCGUGACCACCGCUGCGCCCGAGGAAGAGGGGCUGAUGCCCUUCCUGGAGGUGCAGCUGGCAGAGCCUCCAAAGCGUCAGCGUCGAGACGUGGGGCUGGACUGUGACGUGAACUCCUCUGAAUCGCGCUGCUGCAGAUAUCCUCUCACCGUCGACUUUGAGGACUUUGGCUACGACUGGAUCAUCGCCCCCAAACGUUUCAAAGCAAACUACUGCUCAGGCGAGUGCGAGUACAUGCACCUGCAGAAGUACCCCCACACCCACCUGGUGAACAACGCCAACCCCCGAGGCACCGCCGGCCCCUGCUGCACGCCCACCAAAAUGUCCCCCAUCAACAUGCUCUACUUCAACCACGAGGAGCAGAUCAUCUACGGCAAGAUCCCGUCCAUGGUGGUGGACCGCUGCGGCUGUCUCUGAGACCGCACCGGGACUGACCAAAGAUGUGGCAGGUCGGCACCUGUAGACAGUGACCAGAGUUUUUAUCAAAGGAGGUUGCACCAGGUUUCCAUAUUUAGGACACUGCAAAAUCUGUUGGGGCCAGCACUUAAGAUUCAGGGUUUACUACAAACUAGUAUCACCUCCAGACACAGAAGGAAUUGGCUUCAAUCCAACUCCCAUCAUCCCCUUUAAUCAUGCUGAUGUCCCCUGGUGGUCACUGUUGGCAGGUGCAGCUGAACCAAAGUGGAGGCAGGAGCCCAGGGCUCAAAGUGAAUGUAGGAAAACAAGUGCAAUUUACUGAAGUCUCAUUUUCACAGCACCAUUCCACUCCAGCUUCAGCGCUUGUGAAACCUUGUGACUAAAGGGCUAAAUCACUGCAGUAGCACCUCUGGGUAAAACACAGCCUAGUUUAGCUUCGCUCUUCUCAUCUCAGACACCUCGGAGGGACUUGAAUCGGCCGCCACACGGCUGUGUGCAGAAUGACGCAGUUUGCACUAUGGCACGCCAAAGGACUUGGUGGCUAACAGAGUUGUAAAAAGUGAUUUUGUUGUUCGCUAACUUGUAUUAUAUUCAUGUGCCAUUAUUUCCAGUAUAGAUGCCUUUCAGCGGCACUAAAUGUACAAAUGUCAGUCUAGAGUGAUGUAAAGCAGCCACUGUAUAUGUGCAAAUAAAGUCUCUAUAAAGAA